UGUUGCCAAUGUAAAGGCCCGGUCGGAGGCGGCACCAAGAAUCUUCCAUCCUUAGGAACCCGGCGCCGGUGUCCGCGGGAGAGGGAGCCCGAGCCUGGGUGAGAACAUGAACGAUUGGAUGCCCAUCGCCAAGGAGUAUGACCCCCUUAAAGCUGGCAGCAUUGACGGCACGGAUGAGGACCCCCACGACCGCGCCGUCUGGAGGGCAAUGCUGGCGCAGUACACCCCCAACAAAGGCGUCACGGGGGACCCCCUCCUCACCCUGUUUGUGGCCAGACUAAACUUGCAGACCAAAGAGGAGAAGUUAAAGGAGGUGUUUUCCCGCUACGGGGACAUCCGGCGGCUUCGGCUGGUGCGGGACCUGGUCACGGGCUUCUCCAAGGGCUAUGCUUUCAUCGAGUACAAGGAGGAGCGCUCCCUGCUCAGAGCCUACCGGGACGCUGACGGCCUGGUCAUCGACCAGCAUGAGAUAUUCGUGGACUACGAACUGGAAAGGACUCUCAAAGGGUGGAUCCCUCGGCGGCUGGGAGGAGGCCUGGGGGGGAAAAAGGAAUCUGGGCAGCUGAGAUUUGGGGGGCGGGAUCGGCCUUUCCGAAAACCCAUUAAUUUGCCCGUUAUUAAAAGCGAUCAGUAUAGAGAGGGAAAAAGGGAGAAGAGGGAGCGAUCCCGAUCCCGAGAAAGACACUGGGAGUCCAGGACAAGGGAGCGGGACCAUGACCGGGGCAGGGAGAAGAGGCGGCAGGAAAGAGAGCCGGCCAGGGCGUGGCCUGGAAAUGACUGGGAGCGAGAGAGGGACUUCAGAGACGACAGGGCCAAGGGGAGGGAGAGGAGGGACAGAAGUAAGUAGAGGCUCAGCACCUCCGCCAGCAGAGCCCAAAAGAAGGUAGAACAGAAGUAAAAGCACAGAGAGGUCUGCAUUGCCUUUAUACAAAGGGUAACCAGUGCCAAAUGAAGCUCCCUGAUGAUGCUCUGGCUCAGGUGGCCCAGUCAGUUGGGCGUCGUCCGUGCACUGAAAGGUGCUGGUUUGAAUCCUGGUCAGGUCACAUGUCCGGGGUGAUCGAUGUUUUGCUCUCACAUCGAUGUUUCUCUUUCUCCCUCCCUUUCUCUCUAAAAAAUCAAUUAAAUAUUUAAGAACAAACAAACUUACUGAUGAUAAGGCAGUUUGGGCAAGUUUCCUUUCUAAUCUGAAACCCAGGUUCAAGCUGAACACACUGAUGUCAUGAAUGUCUCUUCGUCUUAGAGUUCUGAGGGCACGUUAUUUAAUAAGCUUUGAGAAAUAACUCUGUACCAAAGGGUGUGUGCAAGGAGCCACCAGUCUUUCGUUCAGCAAUAGGGGAUUGGUUUUGAGAAUUUAUUUUCUCCCAUCUAUUAGAAAUGAUCAUUUGAGGGCCUGGCAAAAAGAGGUGAUGGCCCAAAAUCAUUUGUAUUGACCUGUGACUCCUGGGAACCCGGAUCUGGUCAGAAUAUGUUGUAACUUUUCCAUCCUUAUGUCUAUAAUACAAGGAGUUGCUGAAUUGAAAUAAAAAUGGGAUAGAAAAGUGAA